AUGGUAGCUUACCCACCUCCACAACCAAACUCGGGAGAAGAAGAAUCUAGCAGUAGCUCUGAAGAAGGGCAUGAUGAUUUGGAUGACACCGUUCCAUCAACAACUACUCCCUUGGUAACAGAGGAUGAACAAGAAAUUCCAGAUGAUACCCAAGAAAAGUCGAAUGAACAGGGAAAUGCUACUCCAACAAUGCCUGUUAUGGGGGGCUCUGAAGAAAAUCUCACACAGUUCGAUAUUGAAGUUUCACAGUUUAAAAUUUGGGCUAGAUCUGAUUUGGAGCGAAAGGUGAAAGAGCUGCAAGAGGAAAAGAGCAUGCCAGAACCAUCACAGACUGAAAAGGCUGAACUCCAACAAACAGCAGCGACACAAGUUCUGGGUAAUAUUGAAGUGGAAAUUGGUUCUCUUAGAGAUAGACAGGGUGCAUCGCUUGAAGAAAUGUUGCCGAAUAUGCAGUUUAUGCCUUUGGUUUGUGAGCUGCCGAGUCUCAAAGAACUGCAUACCGUGCCGAUGGAGAAACUGAUUGACCUGGCCAUCCAUGGGAAGGGUAUUUAUACCGAUGAGUACUCAAAAUAUCUACAAGCUGAAAUUAUGGGAGAUCCUUAUCCAUCCUUAGGAAUUCUUAGUCUGGAGUACCCGUCGACUGGUAGUUUACCAAGCUUGGAAAAAAUGGAAUCUUCUCAAAUCUUCGACAAAUUUUAUGCUAAAGAUCUGGAUCCUCCAUCACAAGUUUCAAGACCAACUUUUGACUUGGGUUUAGGACCAAGUGAUCAAAAUGGAGAAGAGGUGCAGCAGCCUGCAAUUGAUCUAGGUGCACCUGAUCCACCUCAAAUCCAUCUUGCAGCUGCGCCUGCGCAUAAUGAAGCUCCAGCUGCUAGAGGAGCAUCAGAUCAAGCUCAAACGGAUCCCUCGGAUGAGCAAGCUCAAAUCGAUACUGCACCUACACUUAAUGAAGCCUCUGCAAUUGUUUUAGCUGCAGCUGAAAAAGCUCGUUUGAAAGCUGAUCUUCAGCAACCUGAACAAGAAGGAAUAAGGAAACCUUGGGAUCCCAUUCCAUUCAAUGAAGUAGAAAGGAAGAAGAAAAUGAAGAAUGACAGAAAGCAACAGCCUACUAAAAUUAGAGAGUCUUCAUAUGUACUAAUGCUGCCGAUUCUCAAACAGUAUCCAGUUUUAGAUGCUGAAAAGGCAGAGGAAGCUCGACUGAAGAAGAAUAUGAGCGCCGAAAAAGCUAAAGCAUAUGCUGAGACUCUCCAACUUCUUUCUGAGCUACAGAAGGAUAACGAACCUGGAGUUAGUCAAACAUCAGAGGAAGAUGACGUAACACUUGCCAAGAGACUCGAAGAUAGGCUGGCUACAAAGAGUAAUGAAGUCAAACCAAUAGCGAAGUCGACUACGUCAGUCAUGGACAAGGAGAAGAAAAAGCCGACUAUCUCAGCCAAGGAGAAGAAACUUACUCCAAAAAUCACAUACACCCCUCAGAAGCCAGCGAAAAAAAAGUCCAGAACUGAAAACCCAGUUGGAAAAGAUUGCCCAACAGAGAAAGUUCAGAAAAAGGAUAGCGAGAAUGUGAGAAAGAGAAAAGCUAAAGGUGAUCCAAAUCUGCAAGAACUUACUAAAAAAGUGAAGAAUGCACGCAAGUUGUUGAGCCUAAGGAAAUCUCCGUUCUAUAAGGAUUUGAGUUCACAACAAAGAGCGCUUCUCUCUCCUUUUUUUGACAAAGCUACCUCAAUCAACAGUGCUUGGAAAGCUCCUGCUGUGAUUGGUCAUCACAUAUUAUCUGCAGAGACAUUUGAAGAUCUGCUACAUAACAGGGCUUUAGAGGGAGAUCUUAUAAAUUACUGGCAAUACCAACUGAAAAAAGCAUAUCAUAAUGAGCAACCAGUGAAUGGACAGAGAAAGUACAUUCCAGUACUCCACAUUGAUCCAACAGGCUGGUUUUAUUUAAGUGACCCAGUACAUCAAGCAGCAAACACUGCUGUAUUCUUACCCAUCAGGAAUAUGGAGGAAGGAACCAGGAAGAUUAUUAUUCCAAUGUCACACCAAAACGUGCAUUGGACGCUUCUUGUGUAUGAAUGCGAGAAAGGCGAAUUCUUCCACUACAACACUUGGGAAGCUGUAUCCAAAAAUGAGUGUCUCGAUAAUGCUAAUCUUAUGGCAGAAUACUGCUUGUUAGCAAUUAAUGAACGCUUGUCGAGCCUGCGCCUUCCACUUGUAAGCAGAGUAAAGAUGAUUAGUUACCCAACACCUCAACAGGGAGACUAUCCAGAUUGUGCAAUAUAUAUCAUGCACAUCAUGAAGAAAGUUGCAAAGGAGGAAGUAAUUGAUGGAGUGCGAAUGAGCUUGGGAGACCCAGAAGAACUAAAGGACAAAAUACAUAAGAAGAGGAUCUCUUUAGCAUGCAAAAUACUCUCAGCAACAUCUCCUCCUGAGGAGAGCUGGAAUAUUCAUGCUCCAAAAGGUUUUUAA